AUGUCAGCGCAUCCUCGCACUUUUUCGCUAAGGAAAACAAAAAAAAAGAGUCAAAAUUAUAAUAUCUCUAGUAAUUGUCAAAAUGAAGGAUAUGAACCUUUUAUCACGGGUAAUAAUUAUUCCGUUGGUUUACAACAAGCGAGGGAUGUAAUUCAAGAGCCAUUUCUAAAUAAUCAAGUUCAUUAUUCUCAUUGUAAUGUCGUAAAUCCUCCUAAUAAUUGCUUUUACACGUCUGAUGAUAACAAUUUAUCAACGCAACAUGAAGAUGUUAAUGCUAUUUCAGAUCAUGAUAAACAACAACCCGUAUCCCCACAUACUCCUCACGCUCAACUUUCUUUUACACAAUCCUCGCAAUUUUAUCCGCAAAUCUCUGCUCCUAAACAACGGUUAAUCUAUAAUAAUAAUGUUAUUACCCGACAAGUUCCUCAAUUUUCGCAUGAUGGUUUACAUGAUUCAUCAACCACAAAUAACUCUCAAAUGAAUUGUACCGAAUAUACUGAACUCUUAAAGAUUGAAAUUUCUGGAAUUGAAAUUGUCGUUAGGCAAAAGACUUUACCAAGAUUGAAUCAAAGUCAUUGGGAGACGCAACAACAACAACAACGGGAUGAACAACCUCCAGUAAAUUUAUCAAAUCGUACUGAAAGAUCUCAGAAUCAUAGAAUGCAUCCUUAUAAUAUUCCUAAUGAACAAAAUCAUAGAACUAUUAACAGAAAUAAUUCUAAUGUUAUUUUUCGACAACAACGUCAUCAAUAUUAUUCUAUGCGUCAACAAAAAAAUAAUGUUUCCGAAAUUGAUCGAACUUCCGUUAAUGAAAAUACUAAUAAUAUUAAUAUUACGCAGAAUACUCUCGUCAAUCAAUCCGCUGUCUUUACACGACAACAAACAAAUGCUUUUGAGGAAUGUAAUAAUCUUAUUAAUCAAAAUUCGUAAAAUUAUAUUAUGAAAUAUCAAUCAAUUAAUAUCACAUUCUUUUUAAUAAUAUCAUUGAUUACAUUAUUAUGAUAAAUAUGAAUAUGUAUAUACAGAUCAUAUAAUUCCUUGAAAUCUUUGAUUUAUUUUUUAUAAAAAUUUGUCAAUAUAUGAUUUUAUUAUAUAAGUCUUUAUUAAAAAAUUUCAACUUUUAUUAUUAUUAUUGUUAACUAUUCAUUAUUACUGUAAUUAUUUAUAUUUAUUUUAUGUUGUAAGCAAAUAAGUUUUAAAUUGAUAUGUAUUGUACUAGCGGAAUUUCGUAAUUCCUUAAGGAGUUCAAAAAAUAAA